AGAGAAAUGUACGGUUGGAACUGAGAGCAAGUGGAGUAUGGCGAGAGAUUUUUUGUUGAGGACGCUUCGCUAUUUCAGGUUGUGUUCUCCUAGACUGCCAGGGUUAAGCUCUUAGUCGGCUCGGCUCAGCAAUCCUCCCCUCCGCCGUUCCUGUCGACGUUCGCCGCUUGCAAACCCCAGGAUUCUGCCCACGGCUCCGUGGACAGUCGCACCGGCUCCCAAACUUCUCCGGCUGUUGAAAACAUGCUUUUUAAGGAACCUUCUCUUUCUCCAGAAGAAUCUCUUCAAGCUGAGCGUCAGACUUCUUUUCCUCUUAUGUCUGAUGAAAAAACUGACUCUGGAAAAGAGCAUAAAGCAGUGACCAAGCAGGAUGGUUCCGUAGGCUUAACCUUGGAGUCACAAUCACUUGCGUCAUCACAGAGCUCAACUGGACCAGUUUCUUCUCUAGAGAAUGCUGUAACUUCAUCAUUAGAGUUACGUGGUAGUCCCAAAUCUGAUUCAAUACACAUUUCAAAAGAUAAACAGGAUUGUUCUGCUCAUCAUGAAGAUGACAGCCGUGUUAUAGAUGGUGAGUUUGCUUGUUCUGCUGCCAGUAAUGCUGGAGAAGCUGCUUCUUUGCUACCUGAAGAAUAUCACAGCACCUUAACAGGUGAUGCUUCGAAGGGAACGGAAUCUGAAUUGUUCUGUCAAUAUGAAGGGAGUAGUCCGCCUGUAUUUGUCGAUGCUCAGACCAAUAACAAUUUUUUUGUUAAUGAGAUCAGUAAGAUUGAAGAGAAGCUGCCUCUUAAACUCAAUGGCCACCAUCUUCAGAGCCAUGUGCAAACCCCUAUAAAAAUGAAAGCAUCAGAGACGGACGUUUCUAAUGAACACUUCAAGAAAGUGAGCGUACAUAGAGGGUUUGUUGACACUACAGCGCCAAUUGAAUCUGUUAAAGAAGCUGUAUCAAAAUUUGGUGGUAUUCUAGAUUGGAAAGCUCACAAAGCCCUCACUAUAGAGAAACGCAAUCAAAUUCAUUGCGAACUAGAGAAAAUACGAGGAGGAAUUCGUACAUACAGAAAGGAUUCGGAGGCUGCAGAAGUUGCUGAGGCUGAAGCACUGAAGGAGCUGGACAAUAUCAAAAGGCUUAUUGAAGUGCUUAAGCUGAACAUAGAGAGAGCUCAAACUGAGGAAGCAAUAACAAAGCAGGAUUCACAAUUCGCUCAGCUUCUAGCCAAAGAUAUCGAGGACGGUAGUGCCAAUGAGGCAAGCGUUGCAUCAAAAACGCAGCUUGAGGUUGCUAAAGCAAGGAGUGGAGCAGCAGUUGCAGAACUAAAAACUGUGAAAGAGGAGAUAAUGGCACUUCAAGAACAAUGCGCUUCUUUAGUUGGUCAAGUUGACAUCACAAUGAGAAGAUCUGAGGAAGCACUUUCUGCUUCGAAGGAGAUUGAGAAGGAAGUGGAGAACUUAACGCUAGAGCUCAUCACCGCUAAAGAAUCGCUUGAAUCUGCCUAUGCUGCACAUCUUGAGGCUGAAGAGCAUCGCAUGAGUGCAGCUUUGGAAAGAGAUGUGGAUUUCCUGAACUGGGAUAAGGAAAUGAAGCAAGCUCAACAAGAGCUGUACGGGCUUAAUGAGCAACUUUUGCAGGCAAAGGAUCUUAAGGUGAAAUUAAUAGUAGCCUCCAGUUUGUUGGCUGACCUCAAAAAAGAAUUGGCUGCAUAUAUUGAAUCCCAACUAAAUGAACAAUCACAAAGCUUUGCAGAAGAAGACAAGGCCAAAGAUAGCCUGGAUGAGUCAAAAGGAUUUCAAUUAGCUCUGGCUUCAAAGAAAAAGGAGCUUGAGGAUUUAAAGGCUAAUAUUGAGAUGGCUAAAGAUGAAGUCACCAUACUAAGAGUAGCCGAGUCCUCACUCAAGUCUGAGCUCGAGAAGGAAAAAGCGGAACUUGCUUCAUCAAGACAGAGGGAAGGAAUGGCGUUGAUAGCUGUUUCCUCAGUUGAAGCUGAGAUUGGAAAGACAAUAAAAGAAAUAAAACUUGUCGUUGAGAAGGAGAAGGAAGCACGGGAGAAGAUGGUGGAGCUUCCAAAAUUGCUUCAGGAAGCAGCUCUUGAAGCAGAUAAAUCGAAGUCAUCAGCUAAGAUGGCACGAGAAGAGCAAAGAAAGUUCAUGGACGAAGUAGAACAAGUUAAAUAUACUUUGAGAACUGCAAAGACUAGGCUGACUGCAACUUCAAAGGAAAUUGAAGCUGCUGGAGCAUCAGAAAGGCUAGCAUUUGCAGCUGUUAAAGCUCUUCAGGAUAGUGAGGAGGCUGCUGCCUUGGGAGACUCUUCUCGAGGAGUGAACCUUCCUCUUGAGGAGUACUACACUAUGAGCAAAAAAGCCCAUGAAGCUGAAGAGUUAUCUAAUCAGAGAAUCACUUCUGCGACAGCCCAAAUUCAAGUUGCGAAGCUGUCUGAAUUAAGUAGUUUGCAGAAAUUGAAAGAAGCAUACCAAAUGAUGGAUCGAAUGAAGGAAGAAUUGAGCUUUGCUACUGAGAAGGCUAAUAAAGCCAAAGAAGGAAAACUAGGGAUUGAACAGGAGCUGAGAGAGUGGAGGGCUGAGCAUGAGCAGCGGAGGAGAGCCAGCGAUGGUGGCCAAAUUGCUUCCAACACUCCAAGGAGCCCAACGAAGAUCUUUGAUGAUGGCUGUGAAACAAAAACUGAGAACAUAGCAGGUGAUAAAACGGAACAUACUGUUCCAGAGUUCAAGCCAAGGAAGAAGUCAUUUUUCCCUCACAUGGUAAGGUUCUUAGCCAGGAAAAGGGCGCAAUCAAGGAAAUAGUCAGCUCAUUUGGAGUGUGCAUAUUUUGUAUUUAUUAUAUUUGGAGUAUCCUUUAUUGUUCAGAUCUUGACUUUUUUUUUGGGAAGCCCAAUUCCAUUAAUAAGAAAAAGAGUUACAAUGAUGUAUAAGAAAAGAAAAAAGCAGCUCUCCCGUCAUAUGAAAUAAAUAGAACAACAUAUAGCCAGAAAAUAGAAAUGUUUUUGUGCAAUAUGAUCAUAAUUCUGACUGUCCAGAUUUUCAGUUGGAUUUCAUCAA